AUGAAUUGUACCAGUCCAAGUCCUGAAUCCCUGUUUGAUGCACUGGCGCAAACGUUAUUUGCAAAGAAACAUCUACGACCAGUGAAAAGCCUUGCAACACCAACAAAUGUCUCCGUCUCUAUCACGUUGGUUGGAAUUUUGGGAAUAAAUGAAAAGGCACAAUUACUUACAACUUUCCUAUGGCUUGUACAAGAGUGGGACAUUGAGGGUCUGAGCUGGGAUGCAAAGGAAUGUGGUUCAGAUCGAGUUUCUCUUCUACGUAAAAACCUGUGGAUACCAGAUAUCCACAUGAAAGAGUUUAUGGAUGAGGACCAGUCCCCCAUCACUCCCUACGUCUACCUAGACAACAGGGGUCACGUAUACGAUGAUAAACCACUCAGAGUGGUGAGCACCUGCAAUCUAAGACUCCGAAACUUCCCCUUUGACGUCCAAAACUGCACCCUGACUUUUGGCUCCUACUUACACUUUGAUACUGAUAUCCGUGUUCUUAUGAGCAGCUCAGCAGAAGACAUUCUGAUUAAGUCCAGAAAAGUCUUAUCGACUGAAGGAGAAUGGGAGCUCAUAGAUAUUAAAGCUGCUCAGUCUAUUUUAAUUUUAGAGGACGGAAGAUACCAGGAGGUACGAUUUAAUAUUGUGAUAAGGCGUCGAUCCCUUGUAUACAUGGUCAACCUGAUCAUCCCCAGCUCCUUCCUGGUCACAGUGGACCUCUUCAGCUUCCUGUUACCCGCACAGAGUGUGGACCGCUCUGCCUUUAAGAUGACCCUCAUCUUAGGCUACACCGUCUUCCUCUUGCUGAUGAAUGACUUUCUGCCGGUCACUGGCAACACCAUACCUAUUAUCAAUGUUUUCCUCUCCCUCAGUCUUUCCCUGAUGGUGGCCAGCCUUUUGGAGACCAUAAUUGUCACCCAUAUCCAGAGCUCCAGCAACAAAAAACAAGUACCUCGCUGGGUUAGCAUCCUGGUGCUCCAGUACAUAGCCCCCGUCAUCUGCCUACCUCUUAAACCACAGAGCAACAAGGUCACAGUCCACCUCAACCCAUACCAUAUACAAGUAGGAACUGGUGUGGCGAAUAGCAACCCAGCGAUACAGUCUUGGCUCCACCACACUGAUCACCAGCCAAUGGAAUCGGCCCGUGAUCCGGAGGUGAUGGAGGAACUGCGGAGGCUGAGCCAGGACCUGCGCUCCAUCCGUCUUCAGGUGGCGACCCACCUCGAGGGAGCACAGACCUCAGAGGAAUGGGCCAAGAUAGGGUCGGUGAUUGACCGGCUGCUCUUCAUAAUCUAUUUUAUCUGCAUCCUCUCCAGCUUCUUGUGUGUCACCAUUCUGUGGCUCCAAGAAUAA